GUAGUCACUUGACACGGGGUCUAUCUUGUCUAUCAUUUUUGACAUCUCGAAGGAUUUUGCAUUAUACAUUACAUUCUACUGUUUUCAAAAACAAAUAAAAAUAUUAUUUUAUUUACAUUUUGCUAAUAUUUCUGUAUUACAAAAUGGCUGGUCAAGAGAACAACAAGCCCAAUCAGGAUAAAGCUGAGGCUGAUUGUGAAAUUACUCCGAGUGAUGAAAACAAUGAUGAUAAUAUUUGUGAAGAGUAUGAAAUGUUGGAUUCAAAACUGGAUGAGCUGAAUUCGGCACUUGAUUUUCUGGAACAGAAGAAUGAUGAUAUUCACAAGAAAUUGAAGGAACUUCUUCAGUCUAACAUUGACAUUAGACAACAACUGCAAAAUGAAAACUCAAUGUCUCCUGACAAAUAAUACAAAUGUAAAUAUUUAUACAAUGUUAAAUUCAUUAUAAUCCAUAUUUAGACAAUAUUAUAUUUGCAUUGUGAUUACAAACUGUAUUAGGGAUUCAAUAAAACGUCUUGUUACUUUUAACCAUAGUACAUGCUUUUUGAACUUUCACUCAAUAAUAUUUUAGUUAUUUCUUAAGUAGUAAUUUCAGAAAUUAUUGGUAAUUUGGCAAAAAUAAAAUUAUUGGAUCAUUAUGUAAGUUCAAUAAGUAUAUUACAGUCAUUCAUUGUUAUAGGGCAUGUAAAGAUGAACAAAACUAUUAAAUUCCAAAUACAUUUAUUGAUUGUUAGUGUUUGUUCGUUAGGGUACAAUAGUGUGAUAUAUAUAAUCACACAAGCGCCCCUUGCACUAUCCCAAUAACCCGGGUUUAACUGGCUAACCCUGGGUUAACCUGGAUUUACCAUGGUUACUAGUACAAUUUGACACUGGGUUAACAGUUUAAGACCACUUGCACCAUCCCACUAACCUGCGGUUAUCUGGUUAAACCAUUAACCCAAAUCAAAUUGUACUGGUAACCCCUUGUUUAACCUGUUAACCCUGAGUUAGUGAUUUGUGCAAGUGGCCCUAAGGAAAAUAUCCCAUGCAAGUAUGCAACAUAAUCUUCAGUUAGUUUUGUGCUGGCAACACACAUUAGCCACUUCUGAAGUAGGUAUUUGUGUAUGAUCUUUAAUACCAAGUCUGUCAAAUUAUUCUCAUCCAUGUAAGUAAUGUGAUAUCAUUAGAAUAGAUAUUUCAAAAACAAUCAACUGUUACAAUAAUUUCAAACCCAAGCUUUAUGGGGUUUUUUGCUAUUACAAUUAAAACACCAUUAUAAUUAUUUUCUAAUGGUAACAUUACUUUAAUCUUUCAAUCAAGAUGCUUACUGUGAUAGAAAUGUUACUUGUAUUAUAUUUAGGUAUUCAAUUGAUAAAUUUUUCAUGUUGUGACUCCAUCAAGGUGUUAAUGAUUCUGCCAAUGUUGAGGUUGGAUAAGGCAUGAAUAGUAGAGACUAUCCUUUGAUUGUUGUUUUUUUUUUAAUGGCUAAAAUCAGAUUUUGUGUCAAGAGGUGGUGAGAGAUUAUUUUUAAAGCUAAUUUUUUUUUCUGGCCAAAACAGAUUACUAUAGAUACUCACUUCUCUCAAUACUGUUCUGUAUUAAGACUCAAUUUCUCUAACCACCUCUGUGUAUAUUAAAUGUAAACUAAAAAGGUAAGGUUAAUAAAUUAUUUAUUUCACCUA